AUGAUAAGAUAUCGUGGCAAGAAAAACGUAAUUGAUAAAGUAAAAGAAUUGGAUGCCUUUCCUAAGGUGCCUGAAGAAUACGUGGACAGUACACCGGUAGGCGGAACGUUUUCAAUCAUCACGUUUUUUAUUAUCGUGUGCCUUAUAUACAGUGAAGUAACAUACUUUCUAGACAGCAAUUUAGUAUUUAAAUUCAUGCCAGACACAGAUAUGGAUGAAAAACUCCGCAUAAAUAUUGAUAUUACAGUUUCAAUGCCGUGCUCCAAUUUAGGAGCCGAUAUUCUCGAUUCGACAUCGCAGAGUGUAUUUGGUUUCGGCGAAUUACAAGAGGAAGAUACGUGGUUUGAACUAUCUGAAGAACAACAGGAUGCAUUUGAAGCAGUGAAACAUUUAAAUUCAUAUCUCAGGGAAGAAUACCAUUCACUAUGGCAAUUGUUGUGGAAGAAAGGUCACGGAUCAGUCAGAGCGACAAUACCGCCGCGAAAAACAAAACCAAACCGAAAACCUGACGCCUGCAGACUACACGGGGUAUUAACAUUAAAUAAAGUGGCUGGCAACUUUCAUAUAACUGCCGGUAAAAGCUUACAUUUACCGCGAGGCCACAUACAUCUUAACAUGUUGUUUGAUGAUACACCUCAGAACUUCAGUCACAGAAUACAUAGAUUAAGUUUUGGUAGUCCAGCGAAUGGAAUAAUUUAUCCCCUGGAAGGUGAUGAAAAGAUUACAAAAGAUGAAAACAUGUUGUAUCAAUACUUCAUCGAAGUUGUGCCCACAGAUGUCGAUACAACAUUUGAAUCCAUAAAAACAUUCCAGUACUCAGUCAAAGAGUUAGAAAGACCGAUUAGUCAUUCGCAUGGCUCUCAUGGAGUUCCAGGCAUUUUCUUCAAAUAUGAUAUGGGAGCUAUAAAAAUCAAAGUGUAUCAGGAAAGAGAAAAUCUUCUACAAUUCAUGUUAAGACUUUUUUCAAUUAUCGGUGGUAUUUAUGUUAUAGUAGGUUUUGUAAAUACACUAGUCUUAUCAUUAAGAACAGCUUUUAUAAAGAAAGCAGCACCAGAUGUCUUAAAUCGCUGUAGUGAAAAACCCUUACAAGUCAAUCCAUUAUUAGUUUCAUCAAAUUUAUUAGUGCCUGAUGGACCUGAUUUAAUAAGACAAUGA